GUCGCUGACUUUACUUUGGAGUGGUAUCUCAAAUAUAUCUCAGAUGAACGCCUCAUUAGAAUGCCGGACAGAGGCGACGCCUGGGAUCGGGUUCUCCAAGCUGCUCAAUACUCUGGCCUUCAUAUUUCUGAAUUUGGAGACAGGGUCGAUACUUUCACCAACUGGGAUGGGAAAUCCUCACCUCUCCAUGACUUGGUUUCAGCAGCUCUUGCUUCUUCUCAUGCAUUGCUUGAGAUCGGGCACGUACAAGCUCAAGCGCUUCUACCAACCUUUACUGCCUUGUACGAGUUUUCUGUUCUUCUCAUGGAUAUAACCCGAAUUCACAAUCUUCACAUGCCGUCGCAGGCGAUACAAUACGAGGCCACCAAAACAUUCAAAAAUUUGGUUGCUCUUCUUGGUAACAUCGCGGCAGUGUAUCAACAGAAAAUCAGUGAUCUGAAGCCUGGAUCGCGAGCAUACAUCGAUUUCGACGCUAGCUUUGGGGUGCAGAUUCGUGAGAUUUGGCGAUCCAAAGAAGCACUUUCCGAUGCUAUUUGGAAGCAUAAGCUCCAAGAGGCGUAUCCAUCAGUUACUCUCAAGGAGCUCCGUUGGAAGCUUCAAUACCCGUACAACCACUCUGUCACAGACAGAAUUUAUGAGAAAGUGGGCGAUUACCACGCUCCACACUCCAAAACGUGCUAUUGGCUAAAAGAUGUCCUCUCUGAAUUCUUCAGUGGAGAAGAGAAGUUGCUCUUUUUGACAGGUGAGGACUCGAGCGGUAAAACUUUCCUCUCCAAGUGGGUGGAGGAGAGGCUUGCUCGACCACUCAAUGUCAAAUCGUAUCACGUUCUUCGAUACACUUUUCCGUUUAAUUCUCCUGAUAGAGCAACCUCUACUGCGUUUUUGAAGAGUAUUCUCUUCACUCUGCUUGGACAAAACAUCAGUAAUGUUGGUGUGUAUAAAGCUAUAGCGCAAGCUUUCCACCAUCAUUCUGCUCGAAAAGACUCUGAGCCUACGGAGGCAAUCCUCUGGAAAGCGUUUAAGAAUUGCCUUGGGGCCAUUCAUAUUCAGCAGGCGUCAAUAGUUAUUGUUUUGGAUGACUGCGACGAAAUUGCGGGAAUACAAGAAGACUUCUAUGCUAGGCUUCAGGAAUGCAUCACCGGACUCCCUGUGCAGGUCGUCGCAUUCUGUCGCUCAGUUCCGGAUCCGGUUCAGGUUUACGCACGUCAAAUAGAACCUUCCAAAAUACGUGAGGAUAUCCGGGCUUAUGUUCGUGACAGUCUUUCUCGUUCUCGCUAUUUCCGUCAUUUAAGUCGCCAAGAGGCUGAUGAUAUUAUCAAAAGCAUGGCAAUCAAGGCUGGCGGUGAUUGGCUCUGGGCGUUUUAUGCUGUUCAAAUCAUAUCUAAAGAGAGGUCAAAGGCAUCGAUUAUUCAGACAAGUCAUGAGAUAGGCCCAAAGAUCUCGGACGUACUUCUUAAGCUUGUCAAAUCGCUUCAACUGGAACAAAAUCACGAUUUAAAGACUAUUCUAUCUAUAAUGCUGGUUGCUACUCGACCACUAACAGUGAUAGAGCUCGAAAAACUCCUCUCAGUUGACCUUCAAAGCCAGUCAAUGUCUGUUGGUCCUGACGUUGCCGGCCUCAUCUCCAAAUCUCUCUCCAACUUCGUCACGAUAAAAGACGGUUAUGUACAUUUUCGCACUAAAACUACUCAAUCAUUCAUGAAAGAACACCUCUUCAAAAUGUCGAUACAGUCUGAGCAAGCAACACAGAAGCAAUUGACAUUGUUAAUGUUACUUUAUGUCAAAUUCACACUAAAGGACAUUGGAGAUAUUUCUACAAAUGUCUUAGACUAUGGUUUUGUUCUCUCUUUGUUUUCUGCAGAUCCGCUUCUCGCGUACGUUGUGCAGAAUUGGGUAGAGCAUUUUCAAGCAUCGGGCUUCACAGGGCCCGAAGUAUCGGAAGUAUUCCCUAAUUCUAUUACGUUUGCGCUUCUUGAAAGAACCUGCUGGACAAGAAUAUAUACAAAAGAGCAACUCGUGACUAGCCAUAAAUUGGCUUUCCAAAUUCGGCAAGAUUGCUUCAAAGAUCGAGAAGUCGUCGUUCUUCACAACUUCAUCACGCUUGGACAUGUUUAUCUCAAUAUUCUUGGUUUAAAGACUGAUGCCUCAUUCUACUUUUAUGGAGCUGCCAAGCUUGGGAAAGAGAUCUUGUCCGAGACCUCUACGCUUGUGAAGAAGUGUAUGGACAUUUUCUUUGAUUGUGUCACAGGGCUUGAGAUAAACUAUGACAUUGAGAUAUUCACGACCCAUAAUAAGCACAAAAUCGAUAUCGUCAUUUGGUAUGAAGAGAUGCUUCGACUUGCGAUCGAAAUUGAUGGACAAACGUAUGGAAGCCACAGUGAUGAAGUGAUUUCUUGGUACCAGAAGCUCGCUAAAUUUUAUACCGAUAUGAAGAAAGAAGAGCAGGCUAUGGCUACUUACCAAGAAAUACGUGCCAUUUUGGUCGCCAGGGAGGGCAAAGAAUCGAGCCGAGUUAAGCAAAUCAACGCGUAUUUUGCUACCCUGGACAUAGUUCUCAACGGCGCACCAAUUGACAAGAUCGGUGAACUCGAAGAGUUGAUAUUUGAAACCAGCGAGAAUAUUGAAAUCACAGAUCUCCGGUGUAUCGAGCUUUGGAUGAGGCUGGCGCGGUCAUAUGAAAGUUGCAAAAAUUUGGAGCAUCUCUCCCACGCUGAAAGACUCUUUGUUAGCCUUUGGCAGCGCAUAACUGCAAAUUAUUCUCCAGCAGUAAAAGUGGAUAUUCAUUUGGUCAGGAUCGAUAUUGCUCUGGAAUACGCCAGGUUCCUUGGCCGACAAAAUCGCAUUCAAGAAGCGUGCAGCAUUCUGAUAUGUCUCUGGGCCGAGUACCAAAAAUAUACCCUCGAAUCCGAGACAAUCAUCAUCCGCAUCAGGGAGGUCGCAGAAGAGUGCAAAAAGGCUGGCUUAUCAAGCAUUGCUGUCUCCAUGUUGACUAAGGUAUUGGAAUCAUUCAGUACAUACGGCUCCAAUGAAGAAGUCCAGAAGACUGUGCUGCUUAUGAACAGAGUUAUGGAAGAAGUCAGUGAUACUACUGUCACUAAAAAUACCAAAACAGAAACAGUCGUUACAGAGGAGACAGAAAGUGUGGUCAAAAAACUCUUUGGGCGUCUUGUUGACGAAUACGAGCAGGAUAAGACGGGCACAUCUCUCUUCUCAGCAACGAAAGCAUUGAUAAGCCUUUAUAACCAGCAAAACAACUGGCGUGAAGCUGAAGCCGCUCUCAAGAGGACUCUGCAGCUUACAUGGAACGAAAUGUUGACGGAUAGCUCCACUGUUAGGCUCUGUGAGCACUAUAUCGAAGAAUGCAUAGCUGUAGCGCGCCAGUUGGCAGAUUGUUAUUCUACCCAAAAGCUCUUUGAGAUGGCGGAGAAGAUACACCUACAAAUUUUUUACGCAUGCAUGUCCGUGAAGCUCGAAGACAAUCUUGGUACGGAAGAAAGUCCUCUUACUGGAGCCCAGCUUCUUAAGGAAGCUAUCGCUAUCCUGGUUGCUUUCUAUGAGAAACAUCAUCGCCACAGAGAGGUCAUUGGUGUCUAUACGCAAAUAUUAGACAAAUAUGAACAGGAGUUGGGUGAAAAGCACGAUAUAACCAUCGAAACGCUAUAUUUUAUAGCAGAUUAUCACCAGACUCUCGGCCUCGAAUCUGCCUAUAUCUAUUAUGGGAAAAUAGUGACUCUGCUGAACGGCGGCAUCAACUAUUGUCAUCACGACGCUAUCAAGGCUGCUUUGGCUCUUUCCAUACACUACGAUGCUCGUCGGCUUUGGGAUAGUCUUCAAUCCAUCUGUACCGUAUUGUGGGCGACUAUUCUUCGUCUCCGUGAGCAGAAGAAUUUUGAAGGAGAACUCAAGGUUACCGGAAACGAUGUUGCAUCUAUUUAUCAAAAAUAUUCUCACGUCUUGGAUUUCCAUGUCAACGUGGAUUUUUCAGUGCUAUAUCACAUCGCUGUUGAAUACAGGGAUAUAAUCAGCGAACAUUAUCAUGAUAAUCCCGAAUUGGUCAUUAAUGCUCUAAUUACUCUGGCAAAGAUUUGCGAAACACGUGAUGAGCAUCAUGAAGAAUCGAUCAAGAACUAUGAACAAGUCCUCGACAAACUGAAGACGAUAGAAACUACCGACACAAUCGAAGAAAUUACAGUUGAGACUGUCAAGAAACGUCUAUCACGGAUGUAUGUGACGAUUGUUAAAGGUUCUCAAAAAACGACAUUUUCUCUCGAGCGUGCUAUUGAGAUCUCACUUGAAACCUAUCAUCAGUAUAAGGCCGCAUUUGAGGAUUACCCUGAGCAGACACUACAUCAACUCGAUUGUGUCAUCUUGUUAUAUCAACAAGUAGACACAGAGGAGUCUCGAAGACUUACACGAGAGCUCCUGAUAGAAUCAGCCCAGCACAUUAUCACCGCCGCUGCUGUCAAUUUGACACUCUUCCAUGCUGCUGCUUCGUUGGCCGCGCUCUUUGUCAAUGCCGAUUUGAUACAGAAUGGAAGGGACCUUCUCGAAGAAAUGCGUAAAACUGUCAUUUACGGAGAACGUUUUUCCAAAAAUGAUAUCCACAUAGUAUUGAACUCUCAGACGAGGAAGGCCAUCUUCAUUUUCUUAAUUGCGUUCGGGCAUGGUCUUGAACAGCACACCGAAAACAUCUCCUACUCCAAGAUUAUGGCUGAGAUCGUCCUAGAAUCCUUGCUCUAUGAAGAAUAUUCGCGUAUAAACAACGAGGAGGCCCCUAUAGAGGUGGUUUUACAAUACGGUGCAAGGCUUCGUCGGUUCUGGCAGGCCUAUCAACGCGAAGACUUUAUUAAAACUCUUGAUGAAGACCUCUUGGAUCGCUUCAAAAUGGCAUAUGCCCAAUACUUUGAGAUUGACUGCAAUAAAGAUGUAAAAGAAAACUUUUACUACUGUUUAAUGGAUGAACUCGGCAAAGAUCGACCCACCGUCAAUUUCGAGUUUGACACUGUCAUGCUAGAAGUUGGUAAUGAUCACGUUAAGGGUCUCUUGGACAACGGCGAGUUCUAUAACGCCAGCCAAAUCAGCCGAUUUAUAAUGCAAUUCUCCGGAGAGAAGCGCCUCUAUCAUGAGCGUCGCCGUAUCCGCUAUGGAUACAUUCUUGCCCAAUAUUUGGUUGGAAUUGGUACACUUCGCCCUGAUCACCCCAAUGACACUCACGGGGCAAUCAUGAUAGAAACUUCGCAGGCUAUUAUGCACGACGUUAUCAAUGCAUUUGACACUCUGGAAAUAGAUUUCGAAACACUUCGUUCUGAGGAUUUAGUCGGCCUCAUCAAUCUGCUGCACGCCCAAGGCAACCAUGAACAGCUUGAACGGGUGCUUUCUCGCUUGUGGGAUUCGCGUGGAGACAUCCGAUCAACGUUCGGCUCCGAUACUAAAAAGAUUAUCGAGAUUGGCAAAUUCCUGGUUCAUGUACAGUGUGCUCAAAAACUAUAUAGAGACGCAAUUCGUACAACGAAACAGCUGUACUACAACUUGCAGCGAGCCCGCGGGAGACUUCAUAAAGACACGUUGGAAGUAUCGCGGCUGUUGGCAAGCAUUUAUGCUACGAUGGCUUUGGAUGUGGUAGAUGGCUACGAUGAAGAAGAAUAUUUCUCCUACGCCAUGGACAUCCACCAUAACAUCAUACGAGAGAUUGCCUCGCCAUCCGAUGUGGUAUACAACGGCUAUUCGCGUCACGACCACAAGUUCCUUGCGGAGCAGGCUUGGAUUCACUCAUCACUCUUG